AUGCCUCCUUCUGAUCCCCCGGCUUCGGCGCCCAGGCCGUCACAUGCGGUGUUGCUCACCGACAACCUGGAGAAGCCAUCAGUGGAUGAUCGCAACUAUCGCGUAGUCCGUCUCGCAAACCAGCUGGAGGUUCUAUUAGUUCAUGAUCCGGAGACGGACAAGGCCAGUGCCGCCCUCGACGUCAAUGUCGGAAACUUUAGUGACGAGGAGGGUAUGCCGGGUAUGGCUCAUGCAGUUGAACAUCUUCUUUUCAUGGGCACCAAGAAGUUCCCUGUAGAGAAUGACUACAGCCAGUACUUAUCAUCAAACUCGGGCAAUUCUAACGCAUAUACCGCCUCGACGUCCACUAAUUACUACUUUGAAGUAGCUGCCAAACCUGCUGAUGACAGAGAGCCAACAGAGGAAAACCCAUCACCCCUCCGCGGCGCUUUGGACCGUUUCGCCCAGUUCUUUAUUGAGCCUCUCUUUCUCUCGAGCACUCUUGACCGAGAGCUCAAGGCUGUUGACUCUGAGAACAAGAAGAAUCUGCAGAAUGAUACUUGGCGGCUUCACCAGCUGGACAAGUCGCUAUCAAAUCCCAGGCAUCCGUACUGCCAUUUUUCGACAGGAAACUUUGAGGUUCUCAAGACAGAGCCGGAAGCCAAAGGGAUUAAUGUGCGUGACAAGUUCAUCGAGUUUCACAGCCAACACUACUCUGCCAACCUGAUGAAGUUGGUGGUGUUGGGGCGUGAGUCGCUUGACGUGCUGCAGAAGUGGGCGGAGGAAUUCUUCUCCGGAGUGGUCAACAAAGAACUUCCCCAGCAACGUUGGGAUACAGAGGUUCCAUUCCAGAAGCAAGAUCUUGGUAUGCAGUGUUUUGCCAAACCAGUCAUGGACUCUCGUGAGCUGAACCUGGUUUUCCCAUUCAUCGACGAGGAGCUCCUUUAUGAGUCCCAGCCCAGCAGAUACCUAAGCCAUCUCAUUGGCCAUGAGGGGCCUGGAAGUAUUAUGGCCUACGUGAAAUCAAAAGGAUGGGCCAACAGCCUGUCCGCCGGUGCAUAUCCCGUCUGCCCGGGCACACCUGGUUUCUUUGACAUUUCUAUCCGAUUGACUGAGGAGGGCCUGAAACAGUAUCCAGAAAUUGUGAAGAUUAUUUUCCAGUACAUCUCGAUGCUACGAGAAUCGUCCCCCAAGGAGUGGAUCUUUGAUGAGCAGAAGGGCAUGGCCGAUGUCGAUUUCAGGUUUAAGCAAAAAGUUCCAGCCAGCCGCUUCACGAGCAGAACUGCAUCAGUGAUGCAAAAACCUAUUCCUCGUGAAUGGCUGCUGAGUGGAAGCAGCAGAUUGAGGUCGUUUGAUCCGAAAUCCAUCCUAAAGGCAUUGGCUACCCUCCGCCCUGACAACUUGAGAAUGACUAUCGUCUCUCAAAAGUUCCCUGGGGACUGGGAUAAGAAGGAGAAGUGGUACGGAACUGAGUAUAGAUAUGAGAAGCUACCGGAGGAUCUUUUGCAGUCUUUUGAGACUGCCUUCACAAUUCCUGCUGAAGACCGCUACCCGGAGCUUCACCUGCCACACAAGAAUAACUUCAUCCCCAAAGAACUUGAGGUGGAGAAGAAGGAUGUUCUGCAACCUGCUAUAGCGCCCAAGUUGCUUCGCAAUGAUAGCCUUGCCAGGACAUGGUGGAAGAAGGAUGAUACAUUCUGGGUGCCCAAGGCAAAUGUAUACGUCAGCUUAAGGAGCCCAAUCAUUUACGCAUCAGCCGAGAAUGUGGUCAAAGCAAGGCUGUUUACCGAAUUGGUACGGGACGCUCUAGAGCAGUACGCCUACGAUGCCGACCUCGCAGGCUUGCAAUAUACCGUCAGCCUGGGCGGGAGAGGCCUUCUCCUCGAUAUCUCCGGAUACAAUGAUAAGCUUGCCGUUUUACUCCAGCAAGUCACCACAACUAUGAAGGAUCUUGAGAUUCAGGAUGAACGGUUUGAGGUUGUCAAGGAGCGGCUUAUCCGGGGCUUCAGCAAUUGGGAGCUGAAUUCAGCCUAUCACCAGGUCGGCGAUUUCCUGAAUUGCUUGAAUUCGGAACGCGCUUUCCUGGUCGAGGAGCUGGCCGCAGAAUUACCUUCCAUCACCUCUGAGAGCGUUCGGCUGUUCCAGAAACAGGUGUUGGCUCAAUUUUUUCUCGAGACUUACACACAUGGAAACAUGCACCGCGAGGAUGCAUUGAAGGUGACAGAGAUCAUCGAAAACACCUUCAAGCCCCGAGCGCUUCCCCGCGAUCAGAUCCCCAUCGUAAGGUCGUUGAUCAUCCCUCGAGGCUCAAACUUCAUUUUCAACAAGACGUUGAAGGAUCCUGAUAAUGUCAACCAUUGUGUGGAGACACUGCUUUAUGUUGGUGACAAGGCGGAUCGGUUGGCCAGAGCUACCACCCUAUUGUUUGACCAGAUCGCUCAUGAGCCGGCAUUUGAUCAGCUCAGAACCAAGGAGCAGCUGGGGUAUGUUGUAUUUGCUGGAAUGCGCAACUUUGCCACAACCUGUGGAAUUCGUCUGUUGAUCCAGAGCGAGAGAACUCCCGACUACCUCGAUUCUCGAAUCGAGGCUUUCCUGGUGCAGAUUGGGGACGUCCUGGAGAAGAUGACAGAGGUUGAGUUUGAGGGUCACAAGCGCAGUCUCAUUAUCAAGCGCCUGGAGAAGCUGAGAAACCUGGACCAGGAGUCAUCCAGGCACUGGAGCCACAUCUCAGGAGAGUACUAUGAUUUCGAACAAGCUCAAAACGACGCCGCCCAUGUGAAAGCACUUACCAAAGCCCAGAUCUUAGAGUUCUACAAGACUUAUAUAAGCCCAUCUUCGCCAACUAGAGCCCGGAUCUCGAUUCACCUGCAUGCACGCGGUGCGAGCGAACUUGAUACCAAAAUCAUUGCCCUUCUCCAACAAGCCGGGCUAGAGGACGUUCCAGAAGAACAGCGGCAAUGUAUUGAUCUCCUUGAAAAGUAUCUGACCAAGGAUCUUGGCCUCCCAGCAGACCAAGUAUCAUCAAUCGUAUCCGAAGCCCGCGAGUGUGGGCUGAAGCGAGCGGUCUCUGGUACUGAAACUGGAGACAUUGCCAAUGGUUCUACUGCUGUGGGCUCAGCGGUCGAGAUCACCGAUGUUCGUGCUUUCAAGUCUGGUCUGCUCGCUAGUUUAGGAGCACGUCCGGUCAAGGAUUUUACUUUAUCCUGGUCUGCAGACCUACCAAGACGAUUUUCUUCGUUGUCGACGCCCGUCUCCCAGAUCGCCUUGAGCUGCCCGCCGCAGCUCACCUUCAAGACGGCUUCCUCAAAGAAGAGAAAGAUUUCGUCCCAGCCCUCGACGCAAGAGGACCGAAACUCUUCUGAUUCGCCCUCUUCCGACUCUGGCCGCCUGCUCUCCUGCGAACCCGACGACGACCCAGCUUUCUCCUUCUCCGCCUCCGGGCCCAACACCCCAUCCUACCUACCCGCAGAUUCUCUCCCGGUAUCGAGCGUUCCCCCCAGGCUCCAGCCCAGUGGGAGCUCGCUUGUCUCGGCAGAGUACGCCUCCUCGACAGCGUCCUCCCCGUCCGCCUCUGUCUGUGCCGACUCAGCUCUAGACGCUGAAGACGAGUCCGGGUCAGCGCACCCCGCCAAGCCAAGGUGCCGCUCUCCCUUGCGUGUAUCCAAAAGGGCCAUUAUGAAUGGUGAUGCCGACCUCCCCCAGCGUUCAUCGUCACCUCUCAAGCGCCGAGCCUCGAGCAUGGACCCAGAAGCAGAACAGAACAACCAGAACGCGGAGCAGCAGACUGGUGGAGGCUUGCCCCGCGCCAUGAGCAUCGACCCCCCAGACGUCCCUGCAUCAGGGGUCACCACCAGCCCUCCAUCCAUCAGUGAGCAGAUCAAAACAAUUGAAACACUGUUGAAUGCCUCCAAGGAGACCCCACUGAAGGAAGGGGAUAAGGCGUACCUCGUCUCUCGAACUUGGGUUGACAAAGCACUUGCUUUGCGUGGGGAUUCUUCGCGCCAAAAGGGCGAUAGCAAUGACGAUUGUGAUUCUAGACCUCUCGGCCCCGUGGACAACAGCGACAUCAUCGAAGAAGUUAUUAAAGACUCUUCUGGAAAAGAUUAUGUUCGCCUGAAACCUGGCUCCAGUCUGGAAUCUUUCGAGCUGUUCCCCGAGGACGCAUGGGGCUUGAUAGCGGAGUGGUAUGGCAUGCAAGAUGGACAACAGCCCAUCGUUCGUUUCGCUAUCGACGCUGCACCUGACCCCAUGUCAGAAUCCAACGUGAUGUAUGAGUUUCACCCGCCAAUCUUCCGCGUUCAUCGUCUGUGGUCCGAAGUCAGCCCAUUGCCAAUUGAGCAGACUCUGAAAGCAAGGAACCCUCCUCCUCUGACGCUUGUUCGAAGCUGCAACUCUCCAGCUCAUGCCUUCUUAAAGGAUGUCAAGACAUUGGCGGGCAUCCCACUAGAACGCAAAGUUCGGUUGUUCUCAGUGCCACAGACACUCCCAGCCUGUGAACCUGCUCAGCGCAAUUCGGCUCCAACACCGCCGGAUUCACCAGGGAGAAAAAAUGCCGCCAAUCCUCAAAACACAUGGCCGUAUCUCCUACUUGACAGCCCCUCAUUUGCACAAGUUCGAGACCAGAGGAUCAGGGUUGAACUCGCCGAUACCACAACAAACGGCAACUACAAUGGCAGCUCUACCCUACAGCACUGGAACCUGGUGACGGAUCAGACUCUUGUGCUCGAUGAAGCCAUUGAGAACGCUUGGGUCAGCACGUACACCGGUCGUAAGGGGGCCAAGUCUGGCCCUGCGAGGGGUAACGCCUCUGGACUCUCAUCCAAGAACAACAGCGGGCGCAACAGUCCCGCUCCGCAAGGGGCGGGUCGUGGGCGGGCUCUACGCACAAAACCAGGAAGAAGCCUGGGCGCCGUGGGAUUUCACAACCUAGGAAAUACCUGCUACAUGAACUCGGCAUUGCAGUGCGUCCGCAGCGUCGAGGAACUGACCAAGUAUUUCCUCACUGAUUCCCACACAGAGGAGAUCAAUAAGACGAAUCCUCUCGGUUAUAAUGGACGAGUUGCAUUGGCCUACAUGAACUUGCUGAAGGAGGUUUACGAGGAAGGUAGGGGCUCGGUAAGCCCUCGAGACUUCAAGACUACAGUAGGACGCUGCCGCAGCACAUUUCAAGGAUGGGGCCAACAGGAUUCCCAAGAAUUUCUCGGCUUCCUCCUAGACGCGCUUCAAGAAGAUCUCAGUCGUAUCAAGAAGAAGCCAUACAUUGAGAAACCUGAUUCCACCGAUGAGAUGAUCAAUGACCCUGAAGCGAUCCGCAAAAUGGCUGAAGAGGUUUGGGAUAUCACUAGGAAGCGAGACGACUCGGUUAUUGCUGACCUGUUCACUGGGAUGUAUAAAUCGACCCUGAAAUGCCCCGAGUGUGGUAAGAUAAGCAUCACGUUUGACCCUUUCAACAACUUGACUCUUCCCCUCCCGGUUGAGGACCUGUGGCAUCGGACUGUUAAGUUCUUUCCGCUGAACGAGGCCCCCGUGAAGAUUGAUGUUGAACUGCCAAAGCACAGCGCUGUCGAGGCCCUGAAGCAAUUCAUCUCUACCCGUACUGGUGUCCCCGUCAGCAGGUUAAUGGGCGCUGAAGAAUUCAAAGAACGUUUCUUCAAAAUCUACGAAGACCAACAGGAUGUGUCGGCAGAGAUUCAGUCAACAGACCUGCCAACUAUCCAUGAGAUCGAAGCUGUUCCGACCAACUGGCCUAGUAAAAUAAGGACCAAGAAGUACAGAUCCAUGCUCGACAUCGAUUCACCAAUCGAUGCCACCGAAUGGGAUGAUCCUAGGUACGAAACAAUGGUGGUUCCCGUGUUUCAUCGUCGGCCUAAUGUAAUUGGGGAUGGAACAAAUCCUCCCCCUCACUUUAUCGUUUUGACACGUGAGGAAGCCUCGAGCUAUGAUACGAUUCAGCGUAAGGUACUCGAGAAGGUUGCAACAUUCUCCACGUGGCCGGUACUCUUGGAUGAUGACGACGCAGACGACACAAAUAAUGCUGAUUCGGAUGGCGUCGUGGUCCCCUCAGACGUCGACUCCUCUGGCGAUGGCAAAGUUGCAGCGCGGUCAGUUGAGGGCGAGGAGGAUAUGGUGGAUGUUACAAUGACAUCGGAUACUAAAAAUGUCGUGGCUCAGUCUAACCACCCGCUGGAACAGUCAAAGAUUCUGAAGCAAUUCAGCAACAAGAGGCCCUCCUACGUCACCAACCUUCAAAGCUUCCUUGACCCGGAGCUUCAGAAUCUUUUUGAGCUCAGCUACUUCGUUGAUGGAAGUGAUGGCGCUGUUCCCACAGGAUGGGGCCAUGUCGACAGCAACCGCACCUUGCCGAAGAUUGCCGACCGCAUUCCCCAGGACAGUGAAGGAGCCGACCAGCCCAGUCCUGGUAGCUGGGCCAGCACACCUUCUGGAAACGAAGAAAGUAGCAACGACGAGGCCCCGAAGGCUGAAGCUAGCCAGACGCGUAUGAUGGAUGAACAGACUGACGAGGAAGACGAUAAGCCCCGAUUUUCAAAGCGUGCCCACCAGAAGGGUGGUGGUAAGAAGAAGUUCAAAGAUCACAAGACAUAUGGAAAGAAAGGGAAUAAGCGCAGAGAGAGACAAGCAGCAAAGGCCGCGCGAGCCGCUGCUGCUGUCAAGCCACAGCCCAUGCCCCCAACUGUUGCCGAUGGCGGCCCAUUGAUCAGACUGGGAGAAGGUCUCGUCGUGGACUGGAGCGAGGAUGCCUGGGGCACAGUGUUUGGUCACGGCGACCUCGACCAUGGCAAGGGGACAAAGACCUAUGUAGAUCCCGAAACCCUUAAUGACCCGGCCCUUAAGAUUUCACAGCGGAGGCGCAACAACCGCCGUUCCCGUGGCAUCACGCUUGAGGAAUGCCUGGACGAGUUUGAAAGGGCCGAGGUUCUCUCCGAACAAGACAUGUGGUACUGCCCUCGGUGCAAGGAGCAUAGGCGAGCUAGCAAGAAGUUUGAUCUCUGGAAAACUCCAGAUAUCCUGGUCGCUCAUCUCAAACGCUUCAGCAGCUCGGGCUAUCGUCGCGACAAGCUGGACGUUUUGGUGGACUUUCCCAUCGAUGGCCUCGAUCUGACAUCUCGUGUUAUAGAACAGACAGAUGGUCAGAAUGAAGUCUACGACUUGAUUGCUGUCGAUGACCAUUACGGAGGCCUUGGAGGGGGCCACUACACGGCAUACGCGAAGAACUUUAUGGAUGGGCGCUGGUACAACUACAAUGAUUCGUCCGUAAGCCAGGUGUCAGACCCCUCGUCGGUUGUGACGAGUGCGGCAUACCUCCUCUUCUAUCGUCGACGGUCAAGCAAGCCUUUGGGAGGCCCACGGUUCCAGCCCAUUUUCGAGUCUUUUGAUAAACCAAAUCAAGACGAAGACUCGGACACUGAAAUAGGAGAAGAUGAUCAGUCUGAUAACGGGGUUUCCCGCAACGGCACGGUAAAUACUGGGAUUAAAACGACAGCUAUUCGACCCAGGGCUGACCAAGCCUCAGCCACAUCGGCUAUCGCAUCUCUAGAGCCCAUGGAUGAUGACGAUGAUGAACAGCUCCCUGGAUAUGGAGAGGUCGUCGCCAAGAGUUCACUCCACCCGAGCAUUGAAGAUGAAGGCGUUGACAUGACGGACAGUGACCCCGCCCAAUCAAACCCAAUCAUUCAAGGAUGGAGCUUCAGUGGCAUUUCCGGUAAUGGCCGGGAAGGAUCUACAGGUGCUGAUAUCGGCAGCGACGAUGUUCAGCAUGGGUCAACAGACGAUGAACGCAUGGGACCUCAAAAUUUCGAUGACCAGGAUGUCGAAAUGGCCUCGGUGACUGCAGAGUUGGACAGCCAAGAGCAACUACCCGCAGCGGACGGCAGCGCUCAAACCUCAUGGAACCGUAAGGACAUAAUAUCCGUGCCCGCUAAAACCGGCAGUGAUAGAGACUCUGACGAGGUGGCCGAAAUACACAUUGAGGGCGAGAGCAGGGGGCCACUGGCCAAUUGA